AUGAAGUCCCCAAUCACCCUCCUCCUCCUCUUCCUCGCCACGACGGCAACCCUCGUCUCGGCCAUCAAACCAGGCGGCAAGGGCCCCAUGAACAUGCCGCGCGAGAGACAGCACAUGUGGCAGCAGGUCGCCUGCAAGCGCGGCCACGGCAACACCUUUGUCACCCCCUUCAAGCUGACGGCCCUCGUCGACGAGGACGUCGGCGCCGUCUGCCACCGCCUCUGGCACAACCUCAAGCGCACCGACCUCGCGUGCGCGCUGCCCAGCAAGCCCGUCUGCGAGGACCGCGGCGACAAGUCGAUCCAGGAGAAGAGGCUCUACUGGAGCUUCGACGUCUUCGCGACCUGCCCGGCCCUCGCCGUCGACUCGGCGUGGUACGAGAGCACGGGGAACAUCUGGGGCAAGUCGAACUGCAACGAGGGCCUGUACAUGUACGACGACCUGCCUGAGUUGCCGUUUCCUUAUAAGAAGCAGCGUCCGACUGCGACUGGGACGGCUUGA